UGCCUCAAAAUUGCUAAGCAGUGAUAAUUUAUUUCUUCAUUUACAAAGUGUAUGAUUGGAAGAAGCUGUGGUUAAAUUUGAUUAACAGAAAAGCAAUUCAUUCAGGUUCAAAGUCAAGUAGUUAUAAUUACUUAUUCAUUUGAAGACUAUUUAAGAAAAGGCGUUAUACUUCAAUGAUAUCAUGGCUGAGAAAAACUUGAAUGGACUAUCUUUGAAUGCAGAAAAUCUUAAACAUAAUGCUGUACAAGAUGAUAAACUGUACCAGCAAUUUAAUGGAGUUCAUUCUUCACAGUCGUCGAGAAGUUCAUCACCUACAAUGCGACUGGGACAAAUUCCAUCCUCCCAGUUACCCCCUACUAGACCUAUACCCCAAUCUCAACUACCCCCCUCCCGUUCUUUAAUUGGAAGUGUAACACAACAAGUAGGGGCUUUAAAUAUUAAUCAAGGAGUAACUGGGCGUAGUCAACAAUUUGGAACCACACCUCAACCUUCCAAUACCAGCAAAAAUGUGUCUACUAUGUCAAAUGUAUUUAUGAAAGAUCACAUAAACACAAAUAAUUUGGCAUCUACUUCUACACAGCCAACUCUAAAUAAUCCUAGUUUAAUAGGUUUUCAGCCACAGCCUGAUCCUGAAAAAGUCCCAAAACAAGAUUUUCCUCCAGGUCAAUCCAAUGCUCAACCAAUGGAAAACAUUAAAAAAACUAAUUUCGAAACUCCAACUGUAGCACAAGUUAAACAUAUAGAACCCACACCUAAUAUAAAUAGCCAACAUAUACCGUUGAAUCCCACACAAUCAAAUUAUUGGUCUUCUAGAACACAACCAAAUCAAGUACAGAAUACAAUUAGUGUUCCAAAUAGUUCAACUGAAUCUAGAAUAAGUCCUAUUACCUUUCAAAAACAUCAUCAGAUAAGUCCGAAUCGAACAGUUGUAAAUCAAACAUCUCAUCAAAGCAUUCAGAAUAACCAAGCUACUCCAAAUAGGACACUUCAAGAAUCAUCUCCUAUAUUAGGCCAACCAAACAAUCCAUCAUAUAAACAUUUUACUGGCCCUCAUUUACAGCAUCAACCAAGACCACCUUUUCAACCUGUUAUAUCCCAAAUGGGUCAGAGUGGAUUGCCCAAUCAAUCGUCAAGGCCUCAAUUAAGUCAUGUAGGUGCUCCUUUAACUUCAAAUCAGCAAAGAAUGUACCAGUCAUCUCCUUUUCAACAACAAGAUAACCAAAGAUUUAACUCUACUAAAACUGUCAACAGUAAUGCUAGUGUAAAUGCAAACUUACUUCCAAGUACAUCACCUAUUGGUUCGCAAGCUUCUGUAUAUCCGCAAACUUCUAAUAGUUUACCUCCCCUCCAACCAUCAAAUAUCUCUCAGAAAGCUAAUCUGCAUUCCAAUAGGUAUCCCACAUUACCAGUAAACAACUAUCAGCAACCAUCACCUGGGCAGUAUCAAUAUCAGCAACAGACACAAAAGUCAAUAAUUCCUGAACAACAUUCAAAUACUUACCUGAAUCAGAAUAACCAACACACAUCUUAUCAAGGAGUUUUGAAUACAGGUUUUAAUAAACAAUGGGGGAUGGAACAUUUAGAUCUUCUUCAAGCACCAAACAUAUUACCAAGUACGAAAAUUGAGCCCCCUCAAAUUCGCCUUGGUCAAGAAUUGUUAGAUCAAGCUAAUUGCAGUCCAGAUGUCUUUCGCUGUACAAUGACGAAGAUCCCAGAAAAUAAUUCACUUUUACAAAAAUCAAGACUUCCCUUGGGAGUAUUAAUCCAUCCAUUCCGAGAUCUUAACCAUUUACCUGUCAUUCAGUGCAAUGUGAUAGUGAGAUGUAGGUCUUGUCGUACUUAUAUAAAUCCAUUUGUAAUAUUUGUAGACAAUAAGCGAUGGAAAUGUAAUUUAUGCUAUAGGAUCAAUGAAUUACCAGAAGAGUUUCAGUAUGAUCCAAUUACAAAGACAUACGGAGAUCCUACUAGAAGACCAGAAAUUAAGGCUAGUACCUUAGAAUACAUUGCUCCUGCAGAAUAUAUGUUAAGGCCACCUCAACCUGCAGUUUAUCUAUACUUGUUGGAUGUGUCUAAGUUGGCUGUUGAAAGUGGAUAUUUGAACAUUGUUAGCAAUAUUUUAUUAGAUGAACUUAAAAAUUUGCCUGGAGAUGCAAGAACACAAAUUGGAUUUAUUGCUUAUGAUUCUGCACUACAUUUUUAUUCUUUGCCGGAAGGUAUAACUCAACCCCACGAGAUGACCAUUUUGGACAUAGAUGAUGUAUUUCUUCCAACUCCAGACAAUUUGUUGGUAAACUUGAAGGACAGAAUGGACCUAAUAGCAGAUCUACUUAGACUCUUACCUACAAGAUUCUCCAACAGUUUUGAUACUAACUCCGCCCUUGGUGCAGCUCUACAAGUAGCCUUCAAAAUGAUGGGUCCAACAGGAGGUAGAGUAACAGUUUUUCAAGCCGCUUUGCCAAAUGUAGGGCCUGGAGCUUUGGUAUCAAGAGAAGAUCCAUCUAAGAGGGCUGCUGCAGAAGUAGCUCAUCUCAAUCCUGCUAACGAUUUUUAUAAACGUCUUGCGCUAGAAUGCAGUGGCCAACAGAUAGCUGUGGACAUGUUUAUAGUUAAUUCUCAAUAUGUAGAUAUUGCUACUAUUUCGGGAAUAAGCAGAUUCAGUGGCGGUUGUUUGCAUCACUUUCCAUUGCUCAAGCCUUCUAGACCCAUAAUUUCUGAUAGUUUUGCGCGAUCUUUCAGACGUUACAUCACCAGAAAAAUUGGAUUUGAAGCCGUAAUGCGAAUAAGGUGUACAAGAGGAUUAUCAAUUCACACUUUUCAUGGUAACUUCUUUGUUCGUUCAACAGAUUUACUUUCUCUACCAAACAUCAACCCAGAUGCAGGAUUCGGUAUGCAAGUAGCUAUCGAAGAAAGUUUGGCUGAUGUGCAAAGUGUUUGUUUCCAGGCAGCAUUAUUGUAUACUUCUAGUAAAGGUGAACGUAGGAUAAGAGUGCACACGAUGUGCUUGCCAAUAGCAUCGACGCUUCAAGAAAUUAUUCAUUCUGCAGACCAACAGUGUAUUAUAGGAUUGUUAUCAAAGAUGGCAGUCGAUCGAUCGAUGCAAUCUAGUCUUUUAGAUGCCCGCGAAGCGUUCAUCAACGUAGCAAUAGAUAUACUAACAAGUUAUAAAAUGAGUCUUAAUCUCGGCAGUCCUGUGCUGGGUUUGUUGGUACCGAAUUGUUUGCGAUUAUUGCCUUUGUAUAUAUCAGCUCUUCUCAAACACGUCGCGUUUAGAACAAGUACCUCUACAAGAUUAGAUGAUAGAGUAAUGAAAAUGAUAGAUAUGAAAACUAAACCAUUAUAUAUGCUCAUCAAGGACGUUUAUCCCGACUUAUUUCCUAUACAUAAUUUAGAACAGCAGGAGGUUAUUAUGAAUUCUGAUGAGGAACCAAUAUCGAUGCCCCCCAGACUACAACUUACUGCCAGAUCUCUUGAAAGUAGAGGUGCAUUUUUGUUAGACAUGGGUGAAAACAUGAUUCUUUUUAUUUGUCCAAAUGUGCCACAAGAAUUUUUAAAUGAAGUGCUCGGAAUAUCGCACUAUAACGCCAUUCCUGAUGACAUGUAUGAAAUACCCAUAUUAGAUAAUAUAAGAAAUCAAAGACUACAUCAAUUUAUUAAUUAUUUAAAUGAGGACAAACCUUUUGCGCCACCAAUACAAGUGAUUAAAGACAAUAGUACUAAUAGGAGUGUAUUUUUUGAAAGGUUAAUAGAAGAUCGGGUAGAAACUGCACUUUCUUAUCAUGAAUUCUUGCAACAUUUAAAAACUCAAGUGAAAUGAGUUUAGGUGUAUAUUUAUUAUUUUUAUCAUUGUAUCUAAUUUAUGCAAAAAUAUUGCUAUUAGGAGGGUUAAUCUGAAAUUAUCAAAGUACAAAAAUGAAAAUAAAUGAGCAUUUAUAUCUUCAAUAUUUAAAUACAAAUAUUUUUUCUUUAUAACGGUAACCUUAAAUGGUUGUUAAUUUAUAUCUUGCAUAAUAAAUUCAAUACAUAUAUCAAAUUAAUUUUAUAAAUAAUCACUAUAUUUAGCAUUACCAAUAACAUGUCACUAAAGUUAACAGAGUAAUAUGAGCAGUCAGAAAAAACAAUAAGUGGAAAAUUAAGUGCCAUAUUUCGAAAUUUUCCGCUGUUCAUGUUUUUGAGAAAUUGGCUAUUAUACUAACUUUGGAAAAAAGUUAGCAUUAUUAAUAGAUAUUUGAAGUAGAAUGUUUCCAUAAUUAAAUGCUCCGUUGUUCAAUAUUAAAAAAAUUUCUCCUAUUGUUAGACGUCACGAAAAUUUUGACUUUCCAAGUUUUCUCAGCAAAUCACUAUCAUUGGUGGAUAAUUAUAGACUUGUGGGGCUUGUAAAGACUUGUUUAAUGAAAUGUAUGCCACACGAAUCUAUAAUUCUUCACCAAUAAUAGUGUUCGGAAAAAGUCAUAAUUUUCGUGACGUCCAAGAAUAGGAAACAUUUUUUUACAAAAAAAAUUUUUUUUAUUCUUGAAAAACGUAACAUCUAAUUGGUAUUUAAAUAUGAAAGCAUUCUACUUCAAUUAUUGAUAUUGAUAAUGCUAACUUUUUUCCAAAGUUAGUAUAAUAGCCAAGUUCUCAAAAACAUGAACAGCGGAAAAUUUCGAAAUAUGGCACUUAAUUUUCCGCUUAUUGUUUUUUCUGCCUGCUCAUAUUGCUCUACUAACUUUAGUAUCUUAAGAUUUAUCAUGUCUCAGACUUAAAAAGUAAGUGAUUAAACAUUGCUUUUUAGAAGUUAAUUCUGAAUUCAGGUCUCUUUUGUACCCAGUUUUUUUAUUGUCUUGUAUCUUUUACUGUAUUCCUCGAUUCCAUUUUGAAUCCUAGUGUAUUUUAUUUCUUUAUAAUAUGGGUCGUUAUUAUUUUCAUCUACUCUCCUGACUUUGUUUUAUUUAUGUUCACCAUUUUAAUUAUUCCUAUUUAUGAGGACCCAGACGUUCAUUAACUUUUGGAUUAUAUUCUCUUAAGACCAAAUUAUCAAAAUAUAACAGGUUAUAUAUUCUUAUAUCCCAUUAUUGUACUGUAGUGUUCACAUUUUUUUAUUGCUUAAUUAUCGUGUACAUGAUGAGUUUAAACAGCAUUCCUCUGAUGUUUGUACUCUUAUUUAUACUUAUAGCCCUCUUAUCAUUUUAUUUGCACUUCUUAAAGUCUAUAUUAGCCCUCAAGUAUUUUCAUUUUCUAUAGUAUCGCACUUUUCUACAGAACAUGAUAGAGGCUGGUUACAAAUCAAUAAAUACUAUAAAAAUGUCUUGCCUUUUCUGUAUUGUUAUUUCUACUAACUGUUUUAUUAUGUAUAUAUUAUCAUCAGUUUGCCUGCUUAGAUUUAAAGUUGUCUGGUUUUAAUCAACUUUUGAAUAUACCAAAAUAUAGGAAUGGUAUCCCAAAAAGUGAUAAUACGCUCCUUAUAGAAAUACUUUUUUAUGAACAAAUACAUUGCAUUACCUAUCAUUUAAUCAAAAACAUUGUUUGCUACUACAACACCCAAAUUCACAAUUACACUGUUUCGAUAACCAAGUUAUCACCUUCAGAGACUAAAGAAAACAGUAUAAUUGUGUGUUGAUGUAGUGGUAGAUGUGGAUUUCACCGAGGUUCUAUAAAUUUCAAUUUAAUUUUUUAUUCAAUUAAUGCAUCAUAAAUGUUGUAUUGUAUAGCAAGAUAAUAAACUAUUUUAUUAUUCGACAUUAUAUUUCUUAGAUUAUAUUCAAAAAAAUAAUAAGGUUUUAUCUAAAGACUACAUUGCUAAUAAUAAUUUUUGAUGAAAUGGUGAAUCAAAAUAUGUUGAAAAAAAUAUUAGAACGAUUUUUCUAAUUUCUUGUACAUACAUAAUUUUUGAUAGACCCUCGUAAAAACUAAAUCAGACUUUGUGUAAUAAAAUAAUUUUAAGUUUAAUUUUUAUUCCCUUCGCUAUUAUUGCAACUAGUCUAUUAUUGAAAGUAUUUAAAAAAUAGAAAUUUUUGAUAAAAUUGUUUUUAUAUAAUAUUCAAGGUUAUCAUGUUUGUUUGAUGUUCAUAAAAAGCAGUUUUCGAAUGAGAAGAUGUAGAUACAGAAACAUCUUAAUUAAGGAUAUCCUGAAAAUUUGAAUCGUAGAUUUUUAUUUGGGUUAUUUUCAAUAAACAUUUAAAUGGAAACAAAUCUUAUAAUAUUAAUGACUAUUUAUUUUGCUUAAACUUGUACAACUGUUUAUAACAAAUAAAAUUCUAUGGCAACAAAUGGCUUGCAAUGAGAAAAAAAAUGAAAAGUGUCAAAAAAAUUUUUUUAGUUUUCCUAGUUGUAUUUUUUUAACACUCUAUAUAAAUGUUCAUGUAUUUGUUAAUUACUUCAAUUAUACAUAGUUCAUUCUUUCAGGAAAGAAUUUGGAACCUUUAUAUAAUAAAAAUCUGAAUUAGUCUUAAAAAUUUGAAAACGAAAACUGUGCAAAAUAUCAACUCUCUAAUAUGCCGUUGUCACCUUUUUUUUUUAAUGAGUUUUCAAAAAAUAAAAAAUCCUUUUUUGGAAUUUUAAUAUAAAAAUUCUACAAAAGGACAAGAACAAAAUUUAAAUUCAUAGAUUAUCAUAAAAACCCAUAUUUUUAGAAAUCAAAUCAGCUUUGUUAGUUUCUUUAAUUUGAUUUUGGCAAUUAAGUUAUGGUAUAACCAUAUCCCUGAUUGAUUCCUUCUCGACAUUUUUAUUGAUAAUACACUUCCUUCCAUUUUGUUUAAUGUUGCCUUAUUUUUAAUCUGGUAUUAACUGAGUUGAAAUUUCUGGAACCGUUGGUGAUAUUCAUACUGAACACUACACCAACACUCAUCGAUAACCAAGUUGUCAUCUUCAAUGAAAAAGUAAACCCUUUGGUACUUUGAGCUCACACUUGAAUCCCUUUGGCUGUUGUAAUUGUCGUUUGGGCUAUGUCCAAAGUUAACAAAAAUGUUUUGGUGUUAGCAGACACAUAUUACCAUUCUUCGUUUGGUCGUGGAACCCCUCAGUACUUUUUUAAAAUACAAGAGGAAAUCUCAUUUUCAUCUCACUUAGUUAUUCCAUCAUGCUACAGGUGCUUUAGUCAUGGAAAAUUAUAGAUAAUGGUUUUUUCUUGCUUUUUCGUCUUGUCUAUGAAUCACCUCAAGUUUGCCUUUGAAAUCUUGUCAUUUUAAUUAGUUUUCAUCAUUACAUUCAAUGAGACACAUGUAUUGCAGGUAUCGGUCCGAGGAUGGUGAAUGUUUUAGUUGAGAAUUUUGAUGUAGCAACUGUUAUUGCAGAUAUCUUUAAAUAUUUAAUACAAUUUCUGAAUAUUCAGGUUUUGAUUUGUCUUUUUUUCUUUUGGAAAGGAAGAAAUGUGUUGAAUUACAAGAUCAUCAUCUGCAGGUGAGGAUAUUCUAUAUUCCUCUAUGCUACACAUAAAUAGUUACAAUCGUUCAAUUUUAACGGGUCUUUUCAAUAUUGCAAAACUAUAAUAUGUAAUGUAUAAAAAUAAACUUUUCAUGGCUUCUAAUUUGCUUUGGAUUUUCGUGUUUUACAAACCGUCAAAAGUCCCAAUACGAAUUUUGUUUCAAGUGAUCACCCGAUGGAAUAAAGUCACUAUUUGUUCACGUGGUAUAUCAACACACUUUUAUUAAUAGUUAAAGUCAACCUAAAGACACGGAUAGAAAACGGAAGGUUUCAAAAUUUCAUGAAAACCAUCUUGCUGUUGCUCACACGAUUUUCUUAUUGUAUUUUUAACAUAAAACAAGCAAAGUAAAUAAAACUGUUUAAUUGAAAUAUAAACAUAGUAAAUUGCUACUGACAACAGCUGAUUUGUGUAGUGGUACUUAGCACGUUUCCAUAACAAAUUACUCGAGACUGUACCCUCGCGACAUCUUUGGUAUAAUAUUUAAAAUGGUUCCAACGUAUGUCACAUAAUCUGUAUUAUAAGUUAUUGGCGAUGGCACUUAGCACUCAUCACUCAUUUGAUGUCCACAAUAAUUAUUUAAAGCGUUUUCUACUUAAUUUUCUUUUUCAUUACACAUCUGAUUGUACUCCUAAGCAUACCACAUCUCUACCAUCGGUUAUCAUAGUUUCAUUUUCUUCUUCCUGCACAAUCUCCAUAUCAAAGGUUUGCUAUUUUCACUUUUAUAGCUGCGGUCAUAUAAUAUGACCAUUUUCGCAGGUUCCUAAACCAAGAUAUUCUUCUUUUUCCUUCAGUUUUUCCUCGAAUUAUGAGCUGUAAGAUCUCAUAUUUUGAACCUCUCAUGAUGUUGCCAAGACUUCUCCUUUACACGAUAUCCUACGGUAGGCACGCUCACGAAGGCUUCUAGUCUUCGCUCGCAAUAUGCGCUUAGGGUCCAUGCUUCUGCACAAUAUAAUAGGACAGUAGGCUCGUACCACUCUAGCAUCCGUGUUCUCAGAUCGCGACUGCAGAGAAGCUUCUUGAUAUUCAUAAACCAUGCUAUCUCGAAUCGAUUUUUUAUUUGUCAAUCAACAUUUGUACUCUUUCUUUCGCCUUCCACAUUCAGUUUUUCAAUGGGCGCUUAGUAGAUAUAUUCCGCUGGCAUCAUUUUCGAUAGUUUUGGUGAAGAUUUCCUCCGAGUAGUCGUUGAAAAAGAAAAUAGAAACAACACACCUCUGUCUGACUCUUCGCUUGAUUUUCACGGCUUUUGUCAGUUUAGACUGAAUGAGAACAGACGCAUUUUGAUUCAGAUAUAAUUUGGUUUUUAUUUGUAAAUUCCUUGUGUCAAGGUUUUUUCGUUCCUGGGCUUCUAUUGCUUAUGUCUCACUUUAUCAAAUUCAAUGAAGGAAAAAUUCAAAAAUAUGAUAUAAAAGGUCAAUAUCUUUUUGAUUCUUUAUGUUUUCUACAAACUUAAUUACUACAAAAAGUUAUAUAGGACUAGAAAGUUUCUCUAAUAAUGAUUUUUGUACGUGUUUACUCUCCUUUAAGAUACAGAAACUGUACUUAAUUUUAAAAUAGUCUCGAAUAAUAUACGUAUCUAGGUAAAUUUUUUAAAUGGUCUAAUAAUUUUGACAAUUACAUCAAACUAGAGGGUGUGACAAUUCUGACAAUUUUAUAUUAAACUAAUGCGCUUUUCGAUAACCAAGUUGUCGUCUUCAGAGACGGAAAGGUGCAGUUGUCAGUAUCCACUAACGAGAAAUUCCAACAAGAUUCCUAGAUUCUGACAUUCAUAGUUUUUAUUUACGAGAUGUGGCUAUUAAAUACCCUAGAGGGCGCCCUAGACACGUGGAGUAAAAAACAAAUAGUGCGUUGUGUAUCUUGUCUAUGAACGUGCCAAAACACGUUUCCGUCACUAUUAUAGGGUUGAAACGAACGUGUUUUUUUCUUGUGAUGAAAAACGGGAGCAACGUAUCAAUCUCAAAUUUCUCGUCAAUUUGAAAAAACUCCGACUGAGUGCUUUAAAUUGUUGCAAGAAGCCUAUCUCGUGCGCGUGUUUUUGAGUGUUGUAAGCGCAGAGAAAUCACUGAAGAUGACCAUCGCCCAGGUCACCCUGUGACUGUUUCAACUCCGGAAACAGUGACCAAAAUCAACCAAAUUGUGCGUGCAACGGUUAGAAAAAUUUUAGACGAAGAAUUACAUAUGAAAAAAAUCAAAAAAUUUGACUCCUAAUCAAAAGCUCUUACAUUAAUGAGUCUGCUCAGAUUUCCUUGAAAGGUUAGAAAUAGAUCUGCUUUGAAAGGUACCGAUUUGAGUCGAUAGAAGCAGUAAAGCAAAAAACGACAGAGCUCCUAAAGGCACUCACUAAAGAAGACUUCCAGCACUGCUUCGAUCAAUGGAAAAAACGUGUGGAAAGAUGUAUGGUGAGGGGAGGAGAGCGUUCGAAUGUAGAAUAAUUUUUAUAAUAAAACCCUUAAAACUAAAAAAAUGCAGUCUCAUUAUUUAAUAGCCAGACCUCGUAGAUCUGAAGACAUAGUUCCAUGGACAGAUGGACUAAAGUCGAAGACCUAGAUAUUGACGUGCAGAGUAAUCAUUCAGGUGUGCUGUAUUCUACCGUCGAAUUAACGAAAAUUUCCCAAGAAUUUUUAUAAUAAAACCAUGUUUCGUAACCAGUCUCGUUAUUUAAUAUCCAGACCUCGUAUUCCAAAUAAGUUAACUAUUUUAUUUCAAUAAUUCGUUUAUUUAUCUAAGAAUUUUUUCAAUAUUGUAGAAUCUAUUUAACAAUAUUUGUUUUGGUAAUUAUUAUUUAGUAUUAAAUGAGAGUUGGAUACAUUUCAUGAAAGCAGAAAACUUUUACGAAGUGCUUUUUAUGGUGCAAAUUGAAUUGUGGUAAUCUUUUUAUUCUAAGAAAAAUAAGACUGAUAUUGGAAUUAAACAUGUUAUAUAAUUUAUUAGUUAUUUAAAAAAUAAACCAAAAAUAAUAUUUUUUAAAAAUUUGUUAUUUUAUUACGCAAAAUAUAUUCAAAUGGAAUUUGAUAUUAUAUAUUGUGAUAGAAAAAGCAGCAAUACUUUUGCAUCGAUCAUUGUUUUCACUUAUCAUUUGCCAUCUAUAUUUCGUACUGUUUCCAAUUUGUUGUAUCAUCUACAUAGAGCAUAUUAUUUUAUUGUAAAAUAGGAAAUAUUACAUCAUGUCUUAAUUUCUAUUGUGUAUUCACGAUUUUGUCUGUUUCAAUACAGAUGGGCUGAAAAUAAAUUGUAUAUAUUUAUGCCGAGUAUUUCAUAACCCUUUACAUGGAAAAAUUGAUUAACUAUACACAAACUGAAAUUUCCUUAGUGUACAAAGAGAGACAAAUAUAAAUUGGUUACCUACAAAUCCUGGAAAGCUGCUAACAUCUUUUUUUAUCUCUACUCUUUUUGUAGCAACAUGAUUAGCACUAGUUGUCUCAUUCUAAAUCACUAUCUUUUCAAACGAACCUCUUUCAAAAAUACAAAAAACGGAAGUUCAGCCUCAGAAAACAAAAUGGAAAAACAUAUCAAAGAUGUGAGAGAAUUUGUAGAAAUUGCUGAGCACCUUUCAACUCGUGAGGAGUGAACAUAAUCUUCCCAGCCCUUCUUCAAAGAGAACAGGAGGAAAUCCUCCACACUUGAUCUGCUUCAGUAGAAGCAGUCUAGAGCUUGGGUACAUAACAGAACCUUGGAGAAGGGCCAAAGUAACCUUCAUACCAAAAAUAGGAAAGAUGGACACCACACAUCCUAAAUCCAUCGAACCAAUCAGCCUUAGACGCAAAUCUAUGGAAACUGCACUGGUAGGAGUAGAUAGGACAACCUCUAGACUACUAUCCACUAGAACAGCAUAAAUAAAAGUAGAGCAAGACACCAUAUUAAUGAUAACAAGGGAUCCCCACUUAUGUGGAACUCAGUAGUAGAAGAAAUCUUAGCAGCGUGCGAAUUCUGUUGCGCAGAAGACUAAAGCUCUAUCCACAACUUCAGAUCACUACCCCUGGAAGGUAUGAAAUAGAAGACGAAGAUCUCUGGCAGCUACAGCUUCCGCAAAUUCUGAACUUUCUAAGAGGAAUGGGACUAAUAGAUCAGAGAGAUAAAAUAGAUCGUUCGGGUUGAAGUGUACAUGGUACCCUAAUAUACACAUGACUAGACGAAUUGCCUGUAUCGCUACCAUAUCAGUUUUUUAUUGGGGGUCAUAUAUAUAUUACUUCACACGUUAAUGAGGGGCUAAGGUAUCACCAAAAUGUAACAGUAUGAGACAAGGGGGAGGGGGUCAAAAGUAUUACUACUAAUUAAAUUAAUAUUUCAUUGUUUUUUGACUAAUCGUUUUUUUUUUUUGGUUAUCUGGAAUAUUGGACUUUAUUUUAUAGAUUAUUCAAUAAAAACAUAAAUAAAAAAUGAUAAUAGCUGUUUCCUUUAGUUUAUUUGUGCGUCAAGUCACAUGAAGAGUCCUAAAAUUCGUGUAACGUAAUUUGUUUCAUCUCAUAUGUACCUACUGCUAUCAUCUUCUAUUGUUUCUAUUAUUUUUGUUGCAACAUGUGGUCCAUUCCACUAAGUGUUCACGACACCUGAAAUAUUCUUUUGGACGUUCUACAUAGCGACUACGACCGUUUUGGUCGCGGUGAGAAGGCACCUUAUGACCAUCACGAGGGGGUUCGAAGUGAGAGUUGUUUGGAGGAAUUUUCAAAACUUAAACGACGCAGAUUGCAACUAUGGGAUUCUAUUUCAUUAUGUGAUGCUGUAUGUGAUAUUAUAAGUACUUUUGAAGGAUUCUUGUGACGCACCAGCAAAUAUUUUACUAUCGCCACCAUAUUUUGAUUUUACUUUAAUGUAAAUUAGUUGAGAAUUACACUAAAAAAUCCAAUACAAAUUAUAACAUAACUUCUUAAAGCUUCAGUUUUAUAUUUUCUGCUUUGCCAUUUCUUAAUAUUUAUCUCAACGCUCAAAACGCUUCGUAAUCCUUUUUAUUUGGACUAGGUUGAACGAAAAAUAUUGUGGUCGUGAGUACUUACUGUACUGCACCCUAAGAUAAGAUUAUUAGCCUUUAUU